GGGCAAGAUGGCGGCGCCCACAGGGGCCUGGAAGAACCGCUCAUGUCCGCCAACGGAGCGGUGUGGGGGCGCGUGCGGAACCGUCUCCGAGCCUUCCCGGAGCAUCUGGCGGCCUGCGGAGCCGAGGCCUCGGCGUACGGCAAGUGCGUGCAGGCCUCCACCGCCCCGGGAGGCCGCCUGAGGAAGGACCUGUGCGUGCGCGAGUUCGAGGCGCUGCGGAGCUGCUUCGCCGCCGCGGCCAAGAAGACCAUGACGGGAGGCUCCUAGGGGGCGCUGAUGGC